AGCCUGCGUCCAGACUCUGCGUGUGUGAGAGCCCUGCCCAGCCUGAGGGCGGCUCGGCCUCUCUCCCUCCUUCCCUCUCUCCUUCUUCCCUCUCUCCGGGCCCGGCCGGGACAUCCCCACCCGCCGGCCCGGGCCUCCGUGCCGACAGGGGGAGCCGCAGGCGGAGCUGAGGCGGGAGCUCGCCGCGCCGCGCCGCGCGCCGGGGCAGCAAUGUGGGGCGCCCGGGGGGCCGCCGUGCCGCGGUGGUGCCGUGCCCUGCGCAGCUCCGCCGCCCUGGGCGGCCCCAGGAACCCGCUGCGGAAAAUGCUCCGCAAGAAUAAAAAGAAGUUCUGGUAUGACAGCCCUACUCUGGGACCGCAAACAUUGUAUAAACCAACAAAGUUGGACUUUUUAAUGAAAAAUGACCUGACAGAAACGAGGAAAGAAGAUAACAUGCGCUGCAGAGUCUUGAAUGGUCUUAUUCAUAAAGUUGUGUUAGAGAUGGCAACUACCUGUGAAGUCAGUCAAGAAUUUUAUGAUCUCAAGCUGGAAAUCUGCAAGGUGUCCCUGUCAUCCAACUUUUCAGCAUGCCGUGUGUACUGGAACCCUGUUUCCACUACAGAGGAGGAAAGUUAUGUUGAAAAUGUGCUGCGAAAGAGCGCUCCACGUAUACGGUAUCUUCUGAAGAGUCAGCAGAUUGUAGGAAACAUACCCCCAAUAGUAUUUAUAAAAGACAAAGAAGCUGCAGCUGUAAAAGAGGUCGAGGACUUACUGGCAAUUGCUGAUUUUGGACCUCCAGAAGAAGAAGAAACAUCUCAAAAUGAUUCAAGCAAACUCUUCCCUUCAACAACUCAAUCUUCAGAUUCACCCAUGAGGCCUAAUCUCUUUGGUAUUGAUCAUGAACUGCUGAAUAAACAGAUUAUGGACUAUAAAAAAAUGAAAGCGUCAAGACAUAUGGAAAGCAUUGCCUGGACAGAGAAGCAGGAGCAGCAGCUUUCUAAGAUUCAAAAGAAAAUGAAAAAGAGAAAAACAAGGAAUCCUCCUGACAAUGACGACAUUAUGCCACAGAAACACUUACUGGACAGAUACGAAGCUGAUUACUGGGAUGAUAACAUUGAAUCAGCCUCGGACUAUGAGCUGCAGGAUGAAUUACAGGAAGAGGUGGAUGAGUUGGAGGUGGAUGAUGACAAAACUUUAAGUCAGUCUACUGGUAAACUGAAAUGAAGUGAAAAAGCCACUCCCUUCAAAAUGGAGGCUGCCAAUAGCAAAAAAAAAAAGACUGCCAUAGCUACUGAAAGAUUCAUUUUAUACAACAUGUUUACCACUUCCUCAUUCAAACUAAUAGAUUUGCCACAUGUGAGGAGGUUUGCUAGUACAAAGUAUGUAAGAAAAGCUGCCAUUAGUGAUAUUCUGUUAAGCAGCUUUCAAGUUGCUGCAGUUGAGGGACUUCCAACUGGAGAGCAGUUUUGUAAUGACAAAAUAUACCUAUUGCAGCCCUGAGUUAAAACUUCUUGCAGUUGUGUUGACUAUUUCCAAUAAAAUUAUGGUUGCUAUAUUGCAA